CGGCUGCCCGGCCCUGAGCGCAGCCGAGCCGUCAGCGGGCGGACGGGCAGGGGGCGAGCGAGCGGCGAGCCGAGCGCGCCGCACCCGGGGAGGCUGCCUUCCUGCUGGCUGGCGGACCGCCGCGGGACCGAGAUGCGGCUCCUCGCCCCGGGUCCGGCGCGGGGGAGGGGCCGGGGGCGGCGGGCGGGGGCUCCCCGCUGCGGGCUCUCGCCGCCCUGGAGCCCCGCCUGGAUUUGCUGCUGGGCGCUCGCCGGCUGCCGGGCGGCCUGGGCUGGGGACCUGCCCCCCUCCUCCUCCGGCCGCCCGCUUCCUCCUUGCCUGGAGAACGACUACCACUUUGAAUACACGGAGUGUGACAGCAGCGGCUCCAGGUGGAGAGUGGCCAUCCCGAACUCCGCAGCCGACUGCUCGGGCCUGCCUGACCCCGUGAGAGGCAAAGAAUGCACUUUCUCCUGUGCUUCUGGAGAGUAUCUAGAAAUGAAGAACCAGGUAUGCAGUAAGUGUGGUGAAGGUACCUAUUCCUUGGGCAGCGGCAUCAAGUUUGAUGAGUGGGAUGAAUUGCCAGCUGGAUUUUCCAACGUGGCGACGUUCAUGGACACUGUGGUUGGCCCUUCUGACAGCAGGCCGGAUGGCUGUAACAACUCUUCUUGGGUCCCUCGUGGAAAUUACAUAGAGUCCAAUCGUGAUGACUGCACGGUAUCUUUGAUCUAUGCUGUGCACCUCAAGAAGUCGGGUUAUGUCUUCUUUGAGUACCAGUAUGUCGACAACAACAUCUUCUUUGAGUUCUUUAUUCAAAACGAUCAGUGCCAGGAGAUGGACACCACUGCAGACAAGUGGGUAAAACUCACAGACAAUGGAGAAUGGGGCUCUCAUUCUGUAAGUCUCUGUUUGUCUUUUCCCCACCAACCCCCAUUCUGCUCCUUCCUUUUCCCAACGUUAUAA